AUGGCUAUAAAGAUUGAGAUUGUUUCAAGAGAAAUCAUCAAACCAUCUUCUUCAACUCCUCAAAACCUCAGAAAUUUCAAGCUUUCCUUUUUAGACCAGACUGCUCCAGCAGCCUAUGUGCCAUUGCUGCUUUUCUACCUUCCAGAAAAUGAUAGUGAUUCCCAUGUGGUAGAGGCUGCCGAAAGAUCUCAACAUCUGAAAACAUCUUUAUCAAAAUUGCUGGCUGAGUUUUACCCUCUUGCAGGCAUAAUCAAAGACCAAACAACCGUUGAAUGCAAUGAUAAUGGAGCUGAAUAUAUCCAAGGUCGAGUCGAUGGAACUUUAGCAGACAUUCUUAAACGGCCUGAUGGUUCGAUUUUAAGAACUUUCCUUCCAACUGAGAUAGAAUCCACGGAUGCUGAAACCGGGCGUAUAGUGUUUGUUCAAGCUAGCUUUUUCGAAUGCGGUGGAAUGGUUCUUGGUUUGUGCUUUUCGCAUAAAAUUACAGACGGAACCACGCUAAGCACAGUUGUAAAGAGCUGGUCUUCUAUAGCUCUUUCAGGGUCUAAAGAUUCAGUGAAAUUUCCUGAGUUCAAUGCAGCAUCAUCAAGUUUUCAUCCAUUAGAUUCAUACAUUCCUCCAAGUAUGAAGGUGACUCGAGACGAGUCUGUAAUUACAAAGAGGUAUGUGAUUGAAUCAUCAAAGAUUGCUCAACUCAAGGCAAAAGCUGCCAGUCCAAUUGUGCUGCAACCGACCCGGUUUGAAGCCGUUUCCGCGCUAAUCUGGAAAUGUCUUGACAAUGUUUCAAGAUCAACCAAGGGGUUUCCAAGGCUAUCUGUGAUGAGCAUCUAUGUCAAUUUACGUAAAAUGACUGUACCUUCUCUCCCAGAAAACGCUAUCGGGAACGUGGUGGGGGUGUUCUUUCCUUCUCAUUCAACUGAGAAGGAGAUAGACUUGCAAGAUUUGGUUACCAAACUGAGCAAGGAAUUAAAAGAAUUUCGCAAAAAUGCUAUGGAAACUAUAAAUGAAAAGAAAAGGGCAUGGAUGAGCAUGUGUGGGAUUGAAAACUUCGGAGUAAGAGAUGAUAUAGACCAUUUUAUGUGCACGAGUUGGUGUAGAUUUGGGUUUUAUGAAGCUGAUUUUGGGUGGGGAAAACCAGCAUGGGCUACUGUGCCAAAUCUGAUGAUUCCAAAUUUUGUUGUGCUGAUGGAUACAAAAGAUGGUGAAGGAGUAGAAGCAUUUGUGACACUGAACAAAGAAGAGAUGGCCUUAUUUGAACUUGAGAAAGAAUUGCUUGAAUUUGCUGCUGUUAAUCCCAGUGUACUGAACUAAAGAGAUGGAUUGUG